UCCGCGGCUUUCGCAGCAGUUGGAGUCGAUCGCUCAGGCCCGGCUGCUUUGCUCCGGCUCCUGGGCGUCCGGCUCCACGCGAGCAACUUUAGGGCGGACCAGGAGGCCCGAGGGCGUUGCGGCGCCGCGUGCACCCCACUAGCGGGCGGCUGCAGGAUGGAGCCCAGCGCCCCCGCGGCCGGCCCCGCCAGCCCCCAGCCUCCACCACCGCUGCAGCCCCAGGCCCGCGCGCGGCUCAACGCCACUGCCUCGCUGGAACAGGACGCGAGCGAGGUGCCCCGAGCUCCUGGACCCCAAGGUGGGCCUGGACCGGAUGUAGGGGACACAGCGGGCGCAGCCCCGGCCCCGAGCACUCCGAGCCGAGAAAGGGCGGACAGAACAGAAGGGCCCGCGAAAGGCAGUGUGAAAAUGUCCUUUGAAGAAAUCCUGGACAAGGCCAAGGCCGGGAACGCCAUGGCACAGAUGGAGGUGGGGAAGCACUACCUGAAGCUGGCCGGUGCCGCAGACGAGGAGCUGAACAACUGCACCGCCGUGGGCUGGCUGAUCCUCGCCGCGAAGCGGGGCCAGCGCGAGGCGGUCAGGCUGCUCCGCCGCUGCCUGGCGGACAGGAAAGGCAUCACUUCCGAGAACGAGCAGGAGGUGAGGCGGCUCACCUCCGAGACUGACCUGGAGCGGGCCGUGCGCAAGGCGGCCCUCGUCAUGUACUGGAGGCUCAACCCCAAGAAGAAGCAGCAGGUCGCCUUGUCAGAGCUGCUGGAGAACAUCGGGCAGGUCAACGAGCAUGAUGGAGGGGCCCACCCAGGCCCAGUCCCCACGUCCCUACAGAAGCAGAGGCGAGUGCUGGAGCGCUUGGUGAGCAGCGAAUCCAAGAGCCACAUAGCGCUGGAUGACUUCGUGGAGAUCACCAAGAAGUACGCCAAGGGCAUCAUCCCCGCCAACCUGUUCCUGCAGGACGAUGACGACGACGGGCUGGCAGGCAAGAGCCCCGAGGACCUGCCACUGCGCCUGAAGGUGGUCAAGUACCCCUUGCAUGCCAUCAUGGAAAUCAAGGAGCACCUGAUCGACAUGGCGUCCCGGGCGGGCAUGCACUGGCUGUCCACCAUCGUCCCCACCCAGCACGUCAACGCGCUCAUCUUCUUCUUCAUCAUCAGCAACCUGACCAUCGACUUCUUCGCCCUCUUCGUCCCCCUGGUCAUCUUCUACCUGUCCUUCGUCUCCAUGGUGAUCUGCACCCUCAAGGUGUUCCAGGACAGCAGGGCCUGGGAGAGCUUCCGCACCCUCACGGGCCUGCUCCUGCGCUUCGAGCCCAACCUGGACGUGGAGCAGGCCGAGGAGAACUUCGGCUGGAACCACCUGGAGCCCUACCUGCACUUCCUGCUGUCCGUCUUCUUCGUCAUCUUCUCCUUCCCCAUCGCCAGCAAGGACUUCAUCCCCUGCUCCGAGCUGGCCGUCGUGGCCAUCUUCUUCACGGCCACCAGCUACAUGAGCCUGAGCACUUCGGCCGAGCCCUACACCCGCAGGGCCCUGCUGACCGAGGUGGUCGCCGGCCUGCUGUCCCUGCUGCCCACGCUGCCCGUGGACUGGCACCUCUUGAAGCUCCUGGGCCAGACCUUUGUCACCGUGCCCCUCGGCCACCUGGUCGUCCUGAACGUCAGCAUCCCCUGCCUGCUCUACGUCUACCUGCUGUACCUCUUCUUCCGCAUGGCACGCCUGAGGGACUUCAAGGGCACCUACUGCUACCUGGUGCCCUACCUGGUCUGCUUCAUGUGGUGCGAGCUCUCCGUGGUCAUCCUGCUCGAGUCCACCGGCCUGGGGCUGGUCCGCGCCAGCCUGGGCUACUUCCUCUUCCUGUUCGCCCUCCCGAUCCUGGUGGCCGGCCUGGCACUCACAGGCGCGGUGCAGCUGGCCCGCUGGUUCCUGUCGCUGGGGCUCGCCAAGAUCGCCGUCACCGUGGCCAUGUGCUGCGUCCCGCUGCUGCUGCGCUGGUGGACCAAGGCGCGGUUUUCCGCGGUGGACGCGGUGAAGUCGCUGACGCGGAGCUCCCUGGUCAAGCUCAUCCUGGUGUGGAUCACGGCCCUCGUGCUCUUCUGCUGGUUCUACGUGUACCGCUCGGAGGGCAUGAAGGUCUACAACUCGACGCUGACGUGGCAGCAGUACGGCUACUUGUGCGGCCCGCGGGCCUGGAAGGAGACCAACAUGGCCCGCACGCAGAUCCUGUGCAGCCACCUGGAGGGCCACAGGGUCACGUGGACAGGCCGCUUCAAGUACGUGCGCGUGACGGAGAUCGACAACAGCGCCGAGUCGGCCAUCAACGUGCUCCCGUUCUUCGUGGGUGACUGGCUGCGCUGCCUGUACGGGGAGGCGUACCCGGCCUGCGACGGCGGCGCUGGUGGCAGCGGCGCCCCCACGGCCGAGGAGGAGCUGUGCCGCCUCACGCGCCUGGCCAAGCACCGCUGCCACAUCAAGCGGUUCGACCGCUACAAGUUCGAGAUCACGGUGGGCAUGCCGUACAGCGGCACCAACGGCGCGCGCAGCUCCGAGGAGGACGACGUCACCAAGGACAUCGUGCUGCGCGCCAGCAGCGAGUUCAAGGACGCGCUGCUCGGCCUGCGCCAUGGCAGCCUCGUCGAGUUCAGCACCGUCCUCGAGGGCCGCCUGGGCAGCAAGUGGCCCGUCUUCGAGCUCAAGGCCAUCAGCUGCCUCAACUGCAUGGCCCAGCUCACGGCCGCCAGGCGGCACGUGAAGGUCGAGCGCGACUGGCGCAGCACCGUGCACGGCGCCGUCAAGUUCGCCUUCGACUUCUUCUUCUUCCCGUUCCUGUCGGCGGUGUGAGGGCGCGCGCUGGGCCAGGGGAGGGGGCCGUGCGCGUCCCCGCUACCCAGCCGGAGGGCACAACGCUAACGCCGAGUGUGCAUGUGCAAGUGCGUGCGGCGCGAGUGCGGACCUGGGAGGGGGGGCCUUGUCACCUGCAGCCUGCACACGCCCCCCCCCAACUUAAGCUCCGCCCACCGGGGACCCGGAUGACGUUGGACAUCGCAUGCAGUCCCAACCCCCUCCAGUCCCGACCUUGCAGAGCGAAGCCUGUGGGCCCGGCCAGACGGGGCAGCUCUGGGCCCCCGGAAGCACUUUACCAACGUCCUCCCCUCCACUUCCGAGCCCCACCCCCGCCCUGUUUACUUCUGUGUUGGGUUUGUUUCUUAAAGAACCAGACGCGCUGCUGUGUAAAUUCCGCGAUAGGGUUUCCUAUUUAUUUGGUCACUGCUAAGCCUUGACAGCUGUUUGCCGAUCUGGGGCUGACGCACGGCUGCCUGAGCUCUGUCGUGCUGGCAGGGCCCCUCUUGAGGUCAGAGGCUGGGGGAGACGAGGCGGCAGCCCUGGGGCCCCAGUGGGUGGCGGGUGAGUUUGUGAGGGUCUUGUCCGGAUCCACCAGUGUCGGAAAAUGGGAGGACCCUGGGGUGUCCCUUCCUGGUGCUCAGGAAAGCUUGGCCGUGUUCAGCACCGGAAAACAGAAAGUCGGGGUCCUAGAGCAGCUGAAAAUAAAAGGAUUUCACAAAACCUA